AUGGAAAAUGAUGUGGAUGAAGAGGUUCGAUUGCUAUUGGCCGUGUUCCCUGACGAAGUAAAGAGGGAUCCUGGUCAUGCAGGGACCCUCAUCGUUUCACUGCCGUUCCGCUUUGAAUUGCAAAUAACACUCCCCCCGCAUGGGUACCCUUCCACAUCGCCUCCGUCAUUGUUCGUCGCGUCUGGACCAAACGUAACUCUCAUUAGUGAAUACUCUUCCCAACUCUUGCGGCUCGUGCGGGAGGAGAUUCCGCUCGGUGGGCCGAUGCUCCUUCAUAUUGUAACACUUGCCCAAAACCUCGCCACCGAGCUUCAAGUGACGCGCGAAGCGCAGCGACAGGCAAAAGAGGAACAGCAGGCGAAACAUAAGCUUGAAGCCGCGGCGAAGGAAGAGGAACUGCAGGUUACAGCAGUGGAAGUGUGGAGCAGUGAUCCCAUCACCGACCGGAAGUCCAAGUUUGUGGCGCACAUGGCACGAGUAAACUCUGAGGCAGGUGUACAGGAGGUGGUGCAGCAUCUGCGGCGGCAGAAGCACAUCGCGGAAGCUACGCACCCCACCAUUUACGCCUACCGGUUCACUGACACUGCUGGAGUCUUGCAUGCCGAUUGCAAUGACGAUGGUGAAACGGGGGCGGCGUCGCGGAUUAUGUUUCUGUUGGAGCAGAAGAAAGUGGACGGAUACGUGGUGGUGGUGACACGCUGGUUUGGUGGUAUAUUAUUGGGACCCGACCGGUUCAAACACAUCAUGGAGGUGGUGCACAAUAUUCUCUUGACAAUGCCGUAA